GCGAAACGUGCCUCUCAUCUACGAAAGAGAGAUUUUUCUAACGUACGGGCCAAUCUAUAAAUCGGCAAAGCAAACAAUAAUGAAGGGCGCAAAUGCGGUGCGUCUGGAGAUAAUGAAGAGGGAAAGAAGCUGUUUCCUCUUCUGCUUCUGGUUCCUCUUGUGCUGGGGCGCCAGUCACUGUUCGAGCAUUGAAAGGAGUCAGUUCCCUGCGUCCUUCUUGUUCGGGACGGCGACAUCAGCCUAUCAGGAAAACAUUUUAAAAUUAGGAACAAAUUUGUCUUUUUUCUUCCCCCCAUCCCCCCCGGCGGUAAGACGGCAAGGAAAAGUCAAAGAACACAAAGUCUGGGAAAUAUAGUCCCGACUCCAUCCUCAAAUAAGAGUAAUUGCAAUUACCGGGGCCGACCUCAAAAACUGUAAACUAAUGGAAUGCUGCAAAGCCUGAUUUGCAAGACCGUCAGCAGAACGAUUUCCUUCCUUAUAGAUAGAAGGAGCCUACUUGGCCGGUAACAAAAGCCUCAGCAUUUGGGAUAUUUACACUCACAUACCAGGAAAAAUCGAGGAUGGAAGCAAUGGAGACGUGGCUGAUGAUCACUACCAUCGAUAUAGGGAGGAUGUGAAGCUAAUGCAUGAUUUAGGAGUAAAUGCAUACAGAUUCUCCAUUUCCUGGUCUAGAGUCCUCCCAAGGGGUAGAUUUGGGGAAGUCAAUCCGGACGGUAUUGAAUUCUAUAACAACCUCAUCGAUGCUCUCUUGAUAAGAGGCAUUCAACCAUUUGUGACUUUGAACCAUUACGACAUUCCUCAAGAACUUGAAGAUCGAUAUGGCUCUUGGUUGAGUUCUGAAAUUCAGCUUGAUUUUGGGCAUUUCGCGGAUGUCUGCUUUGAAGCAUUUGGUGACAGAGUAAAGUAUUGGACCACAAUCAAUGAGCCUAACAUGGUCGUAUACUACUCAUAUUUUGAGGGAACAUACCCGCCUAGCCAUUGCUCUUACCCAGUUGGCAAUUGCACUUUCGGGGAUUCAUUCAUCGAGCCAUACAUCGCCACACAUAACGUGCUCCUAUCCCAUGCCACUGCCACUGAAAUCUACCGGACCAAGUAUCAGGAGAAGCAAGGAGGAAUGAUAGGAUUGGUGGUAUCGGCUCCAUGGUAUGAACCAUUUAGUGACACUCCAGCAGACAAGCUAGCAGCUGAACGUGCCAACGCAUUCCAAAUUGCAUGGUUUCUUGAUCCAAUUAUGUUUGGUGAAUAUCCGCCUGAAAUGCACCAGAUAAUUGGUUCGAGGUUACCAAUAUUUUCAGAAGAGGAAAGGAGGAAGCUCGCCUAUAAAUUGGAUUUUAUUGGAAUAAACCAAUACACGGCAGCAUAUGCGAAGGACUGUAUGUUCUCUGCCUGUCCUUCUGCUUUCAAUUUAGGGGAGUCCAUGGUGUAUGUCACCGCCGAAAGAGAUGGAGUUUAUAUUGGGGCCAAGACAGGAAUAUCAUACUUCUACGUUGUGCCGAGCGCACUGGAGAAGGCUGUAAUGUACAUCAAAGAACGAUACAACAAUACACCCAUGUUUCUCACCGAAAACGGCUACGGGCAGUCGUCGAAUCUUUCUUUGAGUGAGGAGCUUAAUGACAUAAAAAGAGCAGAAUUUUUUGAGAGCUAUCUGUCUGCUCUUCAUGGUGCAAUGAGGAAGGGAGCCGAUGUGAGAGGUUACUUCAUAUGGUCUCUGAUGGACAACUUCGAAUGGACAGACGGUUACACCAUACGCAUGGGGCUUUACUACGUCGACUUCAAGACCUUGGAGAGAACGAAGAAGCUGUCUGCUGUGUGGUACAAGAAUUUCCUUGCUGGUAACAUAACAUCACAACAAGAGAACUCGAUGAUUAGCAAGAGGAUAUACAGCAGAAGGUUUCUUCCUUCGUAGAUCAUAAGCAGGGGCGAAGCCAGAAUUUUUAUUCAGGGGGGCAAAUUGAUACUCUUUGGGUAAAAUUUCAAAAAUUUAAAGUUCAGGGGGGCAAAAUACAAAUUUUACAUAGAAAAAUUCAUACUUUUGGGGUAAAAUUGAAAAACAAUAAAAGUUCAGGGGGGGCAAUUGCCCCCCCUGCUAACACACUGGCUUCGCCCCUGAUCAUAAGAAUUCAACCCGAGAAUCACCGCACUAAUUUUUGAAAUUUCUUCACAAAUUAAGUCUAGUUAUUAUUUUACUACACUCAUGGAUCUCCCUUGUAAUCGAAAAGAAAAAUAUCCAGUUAUAUAUGUGCGUGCAUCUGUGAGGUAAUUGAUUUGGGUAUAAGGCAUAGAUCAUUAGAUUUGGGUAUAUAGCAUAGAUCAUCAUUUAAUUAGAAAUUCCCGUUCUAAUCGGGGAGGAAUAAUGAAAAUAGCAUGUUGCCUUA